AUGAGUACGGGCGAAACGCCGCAGUCGCGGGUCACGCCCUAUCUGAUCUAUCUCGUGUUUGUUGCGACCUUGGGCCCGCUUCAGUUUGGCUAUCACCUGGCCGAACUCAAUGCUCCUCAAGCAGUCAUCACCUGCGAGAAGAAAAGCAUCCAUGCCACAGGCGCGCCAAAUGGCCUGCCGCAAUGUCUCCAAAUGAACCCCUCCCAAUUUGGCCUGGUCUCAUCCAUCUACACGCUGGGCGGCUUGGUCGGUGCCCUGCUGGCAGGGCCUGUGGCAACCACGUACGGGCGGCGCCUUGCGCUCCAGGCUACCACCGUCUUCUUUAUCCUAGGCCCCGUGGCGGAGACUCUCGCCUCGGCCAUCUCACUCCUCGCACUGGGCCGGUUUCUCUCCGGUAUUGGGUCGGGAGCCGCUAUUGUGGUCGGUCCCAUCUACGUCUCGGAGAUCGCGCCGCCUGAUUCGCGCGGCUUCUUUGGCGCCUUCACCCAGGUCAUGACCAAUGUCGGCAUACUGUUGACUCAGUCGUUGGGGUAUUUCUGGAGCCAUGAUAGUUUGUGGCGACUGAUCUUAGGCGUAGCCGGUCUCAUCGGCACCCUCCAGCUGCUGGGUCUCUUCAUGGUCCCUGAAAGCCCGUCCUGGCUGGCGGAACACCAUCAAGCAGGUCCCGCCCGACGUGUGUUACAGCGCAUUCGGGGCAAGGAUGCCAAUAUCGAGGCAGAGGUCCAGGCAUGGAGGACGGAGGGUGCAGCCUCAGCCUCCGGGGAGGAGACAUCCCUACUCGCUCCACCGACAGGGGAUCCGCCCUCGAAACAGGCCCCGGUCACCAUCAUGCAGGCAGUACGGAACCCUGAAUACCGGCCGGCGAUUGUGGCCGUGGUGGGAGUGAUGAUUGCCCAGCAAUUCACGGGCAUCAACAGCAUUAUCAUGUACAGCGUCUCGCUUCUACAGACUAUUCUGCCCACCACCGCCGCCCUCCUUACAGUGCUCAUCUCCGCCAUCAAUCUCAUUAUGACAUUGCUGUGCUCCCCAUUGCCCGAUAAGAUUGGCCGGAAAACCUGUCUCCUGCUCAGUAUUGCGGGGAUGGGAUCCAGCUCCGUACUCCUGGCCCUUGGAAUCUACUUCACCCAGCCGAUCGCGUCCGCGAUCGCCGCGCUACUGUUUGUGGCAUGUUUCGCCGUCGGGCUAGGUCCCGUCCCCUUCAUCUUGGCCUCGGAGCUCGUGGGGCCCGAGGCGGUCGGGGCCGCACAGAGUUGCGCGCUGGCAGCCAACUGGAUCGCCACCUUUGUGGUUGCACAGUUCUUCCCGGUGCUCAACGAUGUGCUCGGGGGGCGCGGGAAAGUAUACUGGGUGUUUGCUGUGCUGGCGGGGGUCCUGGGAGCAUUCAUCUCCCGCUGGGUUCCGGAGACCAAGGGCAAGGCGAAUGCGGAUGAGGUCUGGGGCCGAGUGGACCGUCGCCAGGACUAG